AUGUAUCAACAACCUAAUCAUUCUUAUCAUUCCACAGAAAGUUUAAGAAGAUUAUCAUCUAAUAAUCCAUUUAGAAACGUCUCAAAUUCAAGUAAUAAUUCGGAAACAAGAUAUACUAAUUCUAAUGGAACAAAUUUAGUUAAAUCACCAAAUUCUAAUUUCGAUAGUUGGGUUGCAAAGAAUAAACAAUUAAUUGAUGACGAAAAUGAAGAGUUAGAUGAAAAUUUGAAUAAUUAUUUACUUUUAGAUGAAGAUUAUAGCAAACCACAAUUUCCUCCAAAACCUGUAAGAGCAAAUUCCGAUUCAAGCGUAAAAAUGUCUUCGAAUAAUCCAUUUGCCAAAGUUCUAAAUGAAGAUUAUGUCCAUCAUAGAGAUCCUCCACCAGUUCCAAAGACUGCACCUUCACGUCCACCAAAAUCCGCAUUACCCCCACCAAGUUAUGAAGAGGCUGCUGGUAAAGAAGGUAAAAAGGAAUAUCCAAGAGAAAAAUCAAGUUCACAAUCAAGAUCUGAUAGAUCAGACAGACCAGAAAGACCAGAAAGACAUAGGUCUGAAAGAGAAAGAUCUGAUAGAGAUAGAUCUGAUAGAGAUAGAUCGGAAAGAGGGGAAAGAAGAACUCAUAGAAGUCACAGUGAUAGUAGGUCUGAUAGACAUAAAAGUAGUCAUAGAUCUCGUAGUGAUAAGGAUAAAGAUAAGAGGAAAUCCAAAAAACCAGAACCCGCUAAAUCCAAAAAUUUAGAUACUAUCGAUAAAUUAGAUGUAACAGCAUUUUUCGGUGGUGGAUUCCAUCAUGAUGGACCAUUUGAUGCAUGUGCACCACAUCGUAAUAAGAAUGUUAAAGCUGCUCCAGUAAUGGCCUUCCCAGUGGAUGGACCAAAUAAUUCAAUAAAAGGAGUUGCUAAUGUUGACAAAGAUGAACAAAUGAAUUUAGCUUUUGGUAAUUAUAAUGAUCAAAAUGAAAUUAUUGGUAGAAAAAUAUCUAUAAAGAAAAAAUUAACAUCCAAAUCAUCUGAUGAUUUACCCUAUCAACCAAAAAUAGUCAAAUCUAAUGGUUAUGACUAUAAUAAUAAUGGAGAAGAACAUUCUUCAUUAUAUGUACCAAAACAAAAUCCUUCAGUAAUUAAUUUCGAUGCUAAUAUGAAAUCCGAACCAGUUCAUGGACCUGCUACUGCCGGUUUAGGAUCAUCAACAUUCCUUGAUGGUGCACCAGCCCCAAAGCAAGAUGAUUAUUUAAGUCCAAGUAGUAAUGGAUUAGGAAGGAAAAAAUCAUUAGUGCAAAGAUUAAGAAAAAAUAGUGGUAAUGAAUUAUUAUCCAGAAGUUCCAAUGAUUAUUUAGAAAGCUCAAAUACUUCAACAUCAUUUGAAGAAUCGGGGAAUUCAUUAAUCAGAAGAGUUAAAAGUUUAAAAGUUGGUAGAAGAGAAAGGUAA